AGAAAGGCCCGAUAUAUGGCUUAAGAAAACCCUAAUUUCAAUUUCUACUGAUUUUAUUCCUCUUCUACCCUAACAAAACAACGAUAAAUUGAAGCGUGUUCUAGAACAGAAGUACAGAACCACUGAUAGAGUGAGAGAGAAUGGCAGGGACAGAGGAAGAAAGCGCAGUGAAGGAGCCUUUGGAUCUCAUACGACUCAGUCUCGACGAACGUAUCUAUGUCAAACUCCGUUCUGAUAGAGAGCUUCGUGGCAAGCUUCACGCUUAUGAUCAGCAUCUUAAUAUGAUUCUUGGUGAUGUUGAAGAAAUUGUUACCACUGUUGAAAUUGAUGAUGAGACAUAUGAAGAAAUUGUUAGGACUACAAAGAGGACAGUUCCUUUUCUGUUUGUUAGGGGAGAUGGGGUGAUAUUGGUUUCCCCACCAUUGAGGACUGCAUAACAUUUAUGAUGGAUUAAAGAAUCAUUUUAAUGUCAACUAUUGCAGACACUGUAUAAUUUAACUAGUGACCUUAUUGCUUAUGAUUAUACUAUCUUCAGUUGGCAUGUUUGCUAGUGUUCUUAACAUUCAGGUUUUAUAUUCUCUUUUUUAGCACGAGAAUCUUAGUAAGCUCUUGAACAAGGCUUUUUGCUGCAGCUUGGAGCUGUCAAUUACAUAAUAGUAGCUCCAUAUAAUCCAGCAAUAGUUCUUGAUUUGGUGUA